AUGCUUCUCUACAACAUGUGUUAUCUAGCUCAUACACAAGGUGUUGAGGUUCCCUUGUGGCAGGCGGUGCAUUGGGUAAUUCAUGGAGUGUAUGUUGUAGCGGAGAGCUUGGGUGUUGGUCGCACUCUACGAUCCCAACGAUACACCGUGACCAAGUCCAUCUGUGAAUCGGCUCGCCAAUAGGCGUAACGCACGCCACGCUAUCAAACUGAGAAUAUUCGAAACGCUGCAGACCCCAAAUGCGCUAGGCAGCUCGAGUACGCCCGCCCUCCUGGGCGCCCCCAAUGCAAAGCGCUUUAUCAAGUCAUU